AUGCGGCGACCUUCUUUGAACUCUCGCGAGGUUUCGUCUUCCCGGAAGCACCAAAGGAUCUUCGCUGCUAACUGUGUCGCGAUGUGUGUGGACUGUGUGGAGAAGGAAUAUCCCAACCGGGGUAACAUCUGCCUGGAAAAUGGAUCUUUCUUGCUGAACUUUACAGGCUGUGCAGUGUGCAGUAAGCGAGAUUUUAUGCUGAUCACAAACAAAUCUUUGAAAGAGGAAGACGGAGAAGAAAUAGUUACCUAUGAUCCAGAUCUUUGUAAGAAUUGUCAUCACGUAAUAGCCAGGCAUGAGUAUACAUUCAGUAUCAUGGAUGAAUUUCAGGAAUAUACCAUGCUGUGUCUGUUAUGUGGUAAAGCCGAAGAUACUAUCAGCAUUCUCCCAGAUGACCCCCGACAAAUGACUCUGUUAUUCUAAGGAUCCUUCUGCAGUUCUGUAAUAACACUGUUGUGUUGGUUUACAAUACAGCAAGCCCGAUGAUUUGCUUAGCUUAUAAUGGAAAUUAUUUGCAUAUUAUUUUUUGCUGCUUAGACUCACCUGUUCUUUGAAAGAAAAAGAGUUCCCUGGCAGUCCAGUUUUUAGGACUUGGCACUUCCACUGCUGUGGCCAAGGUUCAGUCCCUGGCUGGGAAACUAAGACCCUACAAGCUGUAUAGUGCAGGCCCCUCUGCCCCCACAAAAAAAGUAAUUUAGGAAAUUGCUGAGCUCUUCUGCUAAAGUUCCCAGUGCAUAUCAGUGCAGCCAGAAUGAGGCAUCUUUGUUAGCUGUUAUGUGGCUGAAAAAUAACUAGGAUGGAAUGCACAUCUAGUGCCCAGAUCUUGGUUCCAACAAAAGGAAUCUAGGACUCCUUGGAGAAGUGACUGAGUCUAGGACUGGGGCAGUAAAUAUACAAGAUGAGCUUGGAGUAUCUUGAGCCACAAAAAAAGGAAGAGCUUGAAGGGAAAUCACAGUGAUUGGGAGUAUGUCAAAGGGACAGAAGAACCCCCCAAAGAACCUCCCAGUGACCAAGGCUGGAACAAUCUGAGCAGCAAAAUAAAGUAGUAUCGGAUUAUAACCCAAACUAUAAAAUAAAUAUUCAUGAGUCCCUACGUGAAUGACUGAAUAAAUACAUAUAUUGGAGAGAAUAGUUAAGUCCCCCACAUAGGAAAAUUUCAAAUAAUGUAUGUAGAUACUCCUAACUCCUUAACUAUGGGUUUGCAUGACUUCCUUCCAAAGAGUAGAGUAUGGAAAGGGGGAAAAGUAAUUUUAACUUUUAUUUAAAUGAGAGAUCUGACAGACAUUAGCCUGGUGAUCAAGAUUAACAUCACUGAUGAUAAGCCAUGUUGAUAGCACUACCCUUGAUAUGUGAUAAGAAUGACAUGUUACCUUUGAGGUCUUCCUCCCCCAAACCCAAAACUUCAGUCUAAUCAUGAGAAAAACUUCAGACAGAUCCCAGUUGAGACAGAAAUCCCAAUUGAGGAAAAUACCUGACCAGUACUCCUCAAAACUGUCAAGGUCAUCAAAGAAAGGAAAUCUGAAGAGCUCUCACAGCCAAAAAGAGCCUAAAGACACCUGACUAUUAAAUGUAAUCUGGUAUCCUGAAUGAGAUCCUGCACCAGAAAAAGGACAUUUGGUUAAACUAGGGAAAUCUGAAUAAAGAAUAGACUUUAGUUAAUAAAGUAGAAUGGUUCAGUUGCUCCAAAGAGAUCUUACCUUGCAUAGUUGAAAGAACACUGGCUUGGGUGUCAUAAAACCUGGCAUUUAGGCCUCUGCCAUUUGGUAGCAGUAUAACCAUUAAAGCGUCAUACUAGACUUUAUUGUCCCCUUUCUAUAGAAUUGGUGUAGUAUAAAUUGAUAUUAUACUUCCUUCAUGGUAUUGUUAGAAGAUCCAAAAAUCAUGUAAAUGUAAAAUUCUUUGGAAGGCAUAUAAAGUACUAGAUAGGAUGAGAUUGUUUUAGUUAGUUCUCAUUCUGAAAUCAAAACUUAAGGGUCAGGCAUUAAAGCAGAAUUGUUUCUUGUCCAUAUCUCAGACCCUCUGAACGGAGUGAGCCAAGUUGUUUCCAACUUUCAGAGGAAAGCUUUGUUAUGUAACAGGAAUAAUGAUGAUAGCCGAGGUUUACUGAAUACUUACUAUGUGCCAAGGCCAUUUUAAGCACUUGUUUCAUCCUCAUUAACCAUUCCAUGAGGGUAGGUACUAUUGUUAUCCCAGUUUUAGAGCCAGAUAAACUAAGGCAAAAAGAAGUUAAGCAGCUGAGUCCAGGUCACGUAGUACAGUGGUGCUCUCACAGUCAUAGUGUUCAGUACACAUGAAGUGUGAGAGUCUGGCAAGGUUAGGAAGAGGUCGAGAAUAUCAGUGAUAGCACUGAGGAAUUUAGGCAUGUCAGGCUAAGAUUUAUUAUUCAGAAAACGCAGCUGUUCUUAGGGAUCAGUUGUUUUAUUCCUGGAAAAUGUUUUCCACUUUCUGCAAAUCUAUAUCUGACCUGCUGAGGAAAUCAUUUGGUGAAUUGAAUCCAGAAAGCAGAGAAAAUGUUUCAUUACUUUAAAUAGCAGCACUAAGCCCAUUACAGUCUCUGAAUUGCCCCUUUUUGGAGUUUGCUAUUACUUCCAACUUAAGUCUUUGGAGUUCAAGAGUAUGAAUUUAUAUGCCCUUCCUGAUAUCCUCAUCUCUAUAAUUAUCUGUUUGGGGACAAUAUAUUACAAAAAAUUUAAACGUAAGAUCCUACUUAUAUAUUUCGUUAUUAUUAAACCGGCAUUGUACUGUGUUUGGCGAUCUUCCUUAUAUAUCUUAUAGCA